UAAUUGUUUUUCAGUCUGGACCCUGGCAUCAUGGCGAUUCUUUUGAUAUUGUUUGUUUUUAUGAAUUUGGACCUGUUUGUGAAGACUGGACACUGCACUGAAACACGUGAUCAGGUUCUAUCGAUUACCCCCUACACUCAAGAGCAAGUGGAGGUUCUGAAGAACGUGUCCACCCAAUAUGAAACAGCUUUAUGGCAGCCUGUUUCACCUGUGUACAUUAAGGAGGAGGCUCCGGUCCACCUUUAUGUCCCUGCAAACAGCUCGGAGAGGGUCAGGAAGCUGCUACAGCAACAUGGCAUCACACAUGAGGUUUUGUUAGCCAACGCUGCUGAGCUGAUAGAAAUACAGAUGAGGAACGACUCCAGCGACCCGAGAAGUGGCUCAACUUUCUACCAGAAAUAUCACCCGCUGGAAGAUAUCUAUGACUGGAUCAAUCGGAUCGUACAGGACAACCCCGGCACGGUUAAAGUCGUCCUCGUCGGCUCCUCAUACGAGAAGCGACCCCUGUACGCCCUAAAGGUACUGUCUCUGAAUAACAGGCCGAACAAGAAGGCCAUGUGGAUCGACUGUGGGAUCCACGCCAGAGAGUGGAUCUCUCCCGCUUUCUGCUUAUCGUUCGUGCAUCACUCCUUGUCAUUUUACCAGCAGAACCAGGACAUAACUCACAUUCUGGACCACAUGGACGUCUACGUCCUGCCUGUCCUGAACCCUGACGGAUACAAGCACACCUGGACCAAAAACAGGUUGUGGAGGAAGAACCGUUCUCUCAACAGGAGCGCUAACUGCAUCGGAGUCGACUUGAACAGAAACUUUGACUCAAACUGGUGCACAACGGGAGCCUCUGAUGACCCCUGCUCUGAGAUCUACUGCGGGUCAUUCCCUGAGUCCGAACCCGAGUCCAAGGCUGUGGCUGACUUCCUGCGCCGCCACAAAGACUCGAUUCAUCUCUACAUCAGCAUCCACUCGUACUCCCAGAUGCUGCUCUUUCCGUAUUCCUACACCACGGAGGAAGCAGAAAAUCACAGCGAUCUGCUUGAGAUGGCCAAAGAAGCUGCUGAUAACAUCGGAAAAUAUUACAGAAACCAUUAUUCAUAUGGUCCAGGAGCGCAGACAAUAUACCUGGCUCCUGGUGGUUCUGACGACUGGGCGUACAACCUCGGCAUCAAAUACUCCUUCACGUUUGAGCUCCAGGACCGCGGACGCUACGGCUUCCUGCUGCCCCCGUCUGAGAUCGACCGGGCCUGCAAAGAAGCUUUAACUGCUGUGAAGACCGUCGCCCUGAAGGUCGUCAAGAAAACACAAGCUGGGACAGAUGCUUGGGACGACUGACCUACAGAUUAAUCAUUUUCAGCAACUUAAUCCAGAUUCAUCAUUAAAACAUGUG